AUGACGCGACCUACUACAAGUCACAACCACACUGUAUGGCGGAGUGCUUGGAGGCGACACUCGAUUCUCUUGUUUGUGUUGGUCUCAUGCUUGUCUGACGAAUCCAACGGUCUUUCGUCUCCGCAGCCAUCUCCUCGGCGUACCACUCCCGCAGAAGCACUUUCUUUCGAACAGUUUCAAUUUGAAGCCAACGGUGUUUGCAUUCAACCAACCUAUUUCUUGGAAGAAUUGGACAACGACAACUCUGCCGAAGGAGAAGCAAAAUUGACAAGAACAUUUACCAUGCGCAACGUUCCUGGCACGGGCGAUUGCAUGUUCCAAGCAGUGGUAUUGGCCUCGUUGACAUCAAUGGGUCUGGGGGGCAAUGAUGUCCUGCUCCGUGCCAUUUCACGAGAAACCCGCGCCGUGGUGGCCCAAAUCUUGCAGAGCCCGGACGGCAAUUUGAACAUUGACGGCAAUCGAAUAGUCCCGGCGAGAGAUUUGUUAGUGUCGGCGGCACGACAAGAAGGAUUGUCUCCCCAGGACUAUUUGUCCAAGUUGCAACUGGAAGGACGGGAGGGAGGAUUGUAUGGAGGAGGACCCGAACUGACCGUGCUCUCCAAUGUCCUGCGAAGACCCAUUUCAAUCUACGAACUGAAACCGGGUCAAUCCUCGCUAGUGUUGCUAUCAGAAGAAGACAAUACAUCAUCUUGUCAAGUGCAGUGUCAGGGGGUCUUUGGGGAUCGCUUUGCAGAUCCUUGUGAGACCAUACCGGAUUCCGCCGUGCUGUCAGGGCUUCAGCCAGGUGCCUAUUCGUGGCAUUUGCACAUUUUAGUACUGGACGUAGCCUCGACGGGAGAGAAACAUGCAUGUGUCUUGUUGCCUCAAGACACUCCUAGUACCAGUUCUACAACAGCCAAUGGUAGAGAAGUUGCACCAUAG